GCUUACGCAGUCGUGCAGAGUAGCAAGCUUACUUGUUCCGUGUUUCUCUGAUUUCCUCACUCUCGCCCUCUGUUUCCCUAUCUUUGUCUAGUCGUUCCUUCGGUAUCACUUGCAUGUGCGCACAUGUGUAUAUGUAAGUGGAUGGGUACUUUUUGAUUUUUAAAUAAAACAAGAUGCUGCUCUCGCGAGAGGUGAUCUCAAAUGCGGAAGAAAUCGCAGAUCAGGUAAUCCGCAAUGGAAAACACAUAUUACCAACUCUUGCAAGACUUUGUCUCAUAGCCACAUUUCUAGAAGAUGGAUUAAGAAUGUGGUUUCAAUGGUCUGAACAAAAAGAAUUUAUGAACAAUAGUUGGGAAUGUGGUACCUUUUUAGCUACAAUCUUUGUCUUGGUUAAUUUAAUUGGACAACUUGGUGGUUGUGUUAUGGUUAUUGGAAGAUGGAAAGUCAGCAUUGCUUGUGGAAUUUUAUUCUUCAUAGUAGUUCUUCAAACUUUAGCUUACAAUAUUUUGUGGGACGUAACAUUUCUAUUCAGAAAUUUAGCGUUGAUAGGAGCACUUCUCCUAGUUUUGGCUGAAUCAAGAGUUGAAGGAAGAUCAUUAUUUGCUGGUGUCCCAAGUCUUGGAGAUAAUAAACCUAAAAAUCUUUUGCAAUUAGCUGGCAGAAUUUUAUUAGCAUUUAUGUUCACAACGCUAAUUCGCUUUGAAAUAUCAAUCCUUCAAAUUAUGCAAGAUAUUCUUGGAAGCAGUUUGAUGGUAUUAGUAACCAUUGGAUAUAAGACUAAACUGAGUGCAUUGUUGCUUGUCUUAUUAUUAUCUGCACUGAACCUUUAUCACAAUGCAUGGUGGAACAUUCCAGAAUAUAAAGCACUUAGGGACUUUCUGAAAUAUGACUUUUUUCAGACACUAUCAGUAAUUGGUGGCCUUUUAAUGAUAGUCUCUUUAGGUCCUGGAGGUGUAUCAAUGGAUGAGCAUAAAAAAGAGUGGUAGAUAUCAUGAUAUCAUUUAAAUGUACAUCAUUACAUUGUCAUGAUCAUUAACACGUUCCGUGCCGGAUCGAUUUUUGGGUACUUUCCGUUCAAGCUACGUGGGGCAUAUACGCCCCACACUAUUAUGAUUAAUAGUUUUGCCUCUGACAUAUGCCUUACAAUAUUUAUAAUAGUGAAAAAAAUAUAAUUAGCAAAAGAAGAUGUAGUAAAGUUUAAGAUGCAUUAGACAACAAAGCAAUAACUGAUGUCUAUACAUGAUGAUCCAAAAAGUGAAAAGAAUUCUUCGUUUUAUAACGAGAAUUCAAACGGUCUGAACGAAAAAUUCAACGUGGGGCGUAUACGCACGAACGUGUUAAGUAAAAGUCUCCCAUUCCUGUUCCUUCAUGUGCUCAAUAAAUCUAUAAUAAGUUUAUUGUUUGUUGGACGAAGAGAUACAAUGUGCAUUCAUCUUGAAUUAUUCAAUUUGGGUAAAGGAAUUGUUAAAAUAGAAUUUAUACAAAAUUAUAAAAAAAUGAUAAAACUUCAAAAUAUUGUUAAGGAACAAACAAAAUGAAGAUAACACCA